AUGCCAGCCGUCUAUCACAGGUAUCGGCAAGUAGUCGCCCAACAUGCGCCUCACGUCUACUUUUACCAGCAUUCUUUGCGCCACCGGCAAGCUGUCGUCCCGCCUCCCCCCGCGCCGGAACCAAUCACCAUCACAGAGCUCCCGCUUCCCCCAGUCACCGCGGACGAGGGUGUCGGAGGAUGUACUCUGGAGAUCAACCCCCACGGCACCGGGUGCAUCGGGAAAUCCCCCGCUCUCCAGAACGGGGAUUUCCUGCCGGACGAUCUCCACGUUGUCGCGACGGUGAACUUCACCGGCGCCCCUGCGUCACCGGACCCGGCGAGCAUAUACAGCGGGCAACAGCUGAUCGUUGUCAAGAUCGACAAUAGCACGUUCCCAAAUGGAGAUGCGUGGAAGUGUAUCACUUGCGGCGUGCCUGCGGAGAAUCAGGCUGGGCGUGUCGCGAACCACGACUAUCCUCAAAUCUUCAACGACGGCAAACGCUUACUUGCUGGGCCGCAAAUCAUCGAGUGUUCAGUAAAACUUGUCAGCGAAGCUUGCACCCCUGACCAAGUCCACAUCUACCCAAUUCGAUGGAACACGGCCGUGAACGGGUCAGGCAUCGGCGGUACUAUUCGCGAGUUGCGCAUCCAUCCCGAUAAUGAGCAUCUUGGCUUCAACUCCUUCACUGUCACGUCCGGCAAAGUCAGCCAAUUCGCGUAUAUCGGAAGGCUAGUCCUUAAUAAAGCACCAACAACUGGCGAGCCACUCGUUCCUCGUUAUGACUUGGCCAAUGUCAACCUGUUGUUCAGCUUGAACGAUACGCAGCCUGUUGAGGUUGACUCGGAGGAUAGCACUCUACUCCGCAUCAACUAUGAUGCCAUCACUGUUGGAGAGCUUCGCGGGUUCAGCGGGACCGGUAAAGAAGUCACCUACAUUGGCUACCCGGUCGAGUCGUCCAAUAUUGACGUCUUUGCUGCGGAUCUCGCCACUGGAAAGGUCCGGCGCUUGACCGCCCACCCGGAGUAUACGGAUCCGGUGGAUAUAUCCCCAGAUGAUCAAUGGACUGUGGCCAUGGACACCCGUGGCAGCGGACGCCAAAUGUUCAUGGCAGGGCUGCGCGGUAUCCCGCCACUGACGGACUUGGUCGCCACGAGCGCUGCUUCAUCGACGAGGAACAACCGGGGUCGUCGUUUCUUCCAGCCAUGGCUCAUCGAUGGACAUGGUGACCGAGAAUCGUACUUUGGACAGCAACUCAACGCUGAGGGAAGCGGUGUCCCCGGGAGCGGCGCCAUCAAUGAUCCCGAGUGGAACGGCCGCGCUGACCCGAAGUGGUCCAACGAUGGUACCCAUAUUGUGUACUAUCAGGCGCUCACUGUGUCUCCGGAAUGCGGAGGGGAGAAUCCUUUGCCUUGCUAUCCGUCCACGGCACCCGGAGGUCGCACCGAGCGCAUGAUGCUGGCGCAUCUGACUAGCCGGCAGCCUCUCGCACCGCAGCCUGUCGAGCCUCUGAGCGAUACCAUUCCCUGGGCGACACCAUACGUGCCUGGGUCCCACGUCCCAGAGAGACCAUUCCCGACGAACGGAAACUUCACCCUCAAGGGCAUGGCCAGUGGCUGGGCAAAUAUAAUCAUCACUCCGAAUAGUGGAGGUGGCCUGCCGGGAACAGUGGCCGUCGAGUACCACGAUUUCUCUGAUGACGGCACAAACGUGCUGGUAGGAUCCGAGAAGGUCACUUCAGUUAAUCCGAGUCCGACAGUGGAGGAGAUUGACUGGUACUCGGACCUUGUUCAGACGGGGCCGAACAAUGGGACCAAGAAGAGCAGCCCUGAUGGCUUCCGGUUGAGUAUUGAUAUCCUGACAAACAUAUUCCAAGCCAACGGUACCCUGACGACCACGAUCGACGGCAAGGAGUGGCUCCAGCCUGCGAAUGGGACUUAG